AUGCAGCUGGACAAGCACGGCGCGGUAUCGAUCGUGCAGAUCGUUCUCUACAUUCCCAUCCUUGUGAUCUCCGGCAUCCUCGUCCUUCGUCAUGGCUUCAGCCGUCGAGCGGGUUGGAUCUCCUUGCUGAUCCUCGCCCUGGUCCGAAUUGUCGGCGGCGUCCUGCAGCUUAUCGCGGCUCAGAACCCGUCGGAUGUCACCCUUGCCGCCAUUGCGACAGGCCUCGAGUCUGCCGGAGUGUCACCGUUGAUCGUCGCUGCGAUUGGUCUGCUCAGCACUGUGUGCAACAGCGGACAAUACACGCUCGACGACACAUUCAUCAUGAGCCGUGGCCUCAAGCUUUUGGGACUUCUAGGUAGCGUAGCUGUCGCGCUCACUGCGUACAGCGGAUCGAUGUACGGUUCGGCCAAGGACCAGUCAAAGCUCACAACGGGCAUCACCCUGCGCCAUCUCGGGACCGCCGUGACUGGUAUCCUGUUCCUGCUCCUCGCGGGAGCGACAUUCUGGUGCCUCUCGCAUCGCGGCCGCAUCCUCAAGUAUCGCCGUAAGCUUCUCCUCGCCGUCGUGGCGUCGCUGCCCUUCCUCUUCGUUCGCGUCUUGUACGCGAACCUAGGCUCGUUCGCGCAGCCGACGUUCGGCUUCGACAACGAGGGCAACAGAAUGCCCAUUGACCACAGCGACGACCCGCUGCAGAAGUUCGUGUCCGCGACGGGCGACUUCACGCUCUACAUCAUCAUGGCGCUCGUGACGGAGUACGCCACGGUGCUGCUGUACACAGUCGUCGGCGUGUGCACGCCGCUGCAGAAGGACGAGGUUAGCAUCCCCAAUUUGCCCAGCCACUACAACCAGCCGGAGAUAGGCUCCACGGAGAAGCUUCCGGAGGAGCGGUGGGACUUGCCGCCCAGGUAUUAG